GGGCACCUCCGUUACGCACCGCCCAAGUUGAGCGGCGCACUUCUCGCGAGGCUGAGGCAGGGCUGGGCCCGACAUGGCGGAAGAGGAGGUGGCCAAGUUGGAGAAGCACUUGAUGCUUCUCCGACAGGAGUAUGUCAAGCUGCAGAAGAAAUUGGCAGAGACAGAGAAGAGAUGCACCCUUUUGGCUGCGCAAGCAAACAAGGAAAGCAGCAAAGAGUCCUUCAUCAGCCGCCUGCUGACGAUUGUGGCCGACCUGUACGAGCAGGAGCAGUAUAGUGAUCUGAAGAUAAAGGUUGGGGGCAGGCACAUCAAUGCUCACAAGUUUGUCCUGGCGGCCCGCAGUGACAGCUGGAGUCUGGCCAGUUUGUCUUCCACCGAGGAGCUGGACCUGUCAGAUGCUAACCCUGAGGUGACCAUGACAAUGCUUCGCUGGAUCUAUACGGAUGAGUUGGAGUUCAGAGAAGAUGAUGUGUUCCUGACUGAGCUGAUGAAACUAGCUAAUCGGUUUCAGCUACAGCUCCUUAGGGAGAGAUGUGAGAAGGGUGUGAUGUCCCUGGUGAAUGUCAGGAACUGUAUCCGCUUCUAUCAGACUGCGGAGGAGCUGAAUGCCAGCACGCUGAUGAACUACUGUGCAGAAAUUAUUGCAAGUCAUUGGGAUGACUUACGAAAGGAGGACUUCAGCAGCAUGAGUGCUCAGUUGUUAUACAAAAUGAUCAAGUCCAAGACUGAGUACCCAUUACAUAAAGCUAUCAAAGUGGAGAGAGAAGAUGUGGUCUUCCUUUAUCUAAUUGAAAUGGAUUCACAGCUCCCUGGGAAGCUGAAUGAGUUGGAUCAUAACGGAGAUCUUGCUUUAGAUCUAGCCCUUUCACGACGACUAGAGAGUAUCGCCACCACUCUGGUUAGUCACAAAGCUGACGUGGACAUGGUGGACAAGAAUGGCUGGAGCUUGUUACAUAAAGGCAUCCAAAGAGGAGAUCUCUUUGCUGCCACUUUCCUCAUUAAGAAUGGGGCCCUUGUCAAUGCUGCUACGUUGGGUGUCCAGGAGACACCGUUGCACCUUGUAGCAUCGUACAGUUCAAAAAAACACUCAGCAGAUGUGAUGUCCGAGAUGGCACAGAUUGCAGAGGCCCUCCUGCAGGCUGGCGCCAACCCCAACAUGCAGGACAGCAAGGGCAGGUCUCCCUUACACUUGUCCAUCAUGGCCAGGAAUGAAUACGUGUUCAACCAGUUGCUGCAGUGUAAACAAUUAGAUUUAGAGCUGAAAGACCAUGAGGGCAGCACAGCUCUGUGGCUUGCCGUGCAGUACAUCACUGUGUCUUCCGACCAGUCCGUAAAUCCCUUUGAAGACCUCCCUGUGGUAAAUGGGACUUCAUUUGAUGAAAAUAGCUUUGCAGCCAGACUCAUUCAGCGUGGCAGCAACACCAAUGCACCUGAUGCAAUAACAGGAAAUUGCUUACUACAGCGGGCAGCUGAAGCAGGAAAUGAGGCAGCAGCUCUUUUCCUGGCAACCAAUGGUGCCCACGUCAACCACAGAAACAAGUGGGGAGAAACCCCGUUGCACACGGCCUGUCGGCAUGGCCUGGCCAACCUCACUGCAGAGCUUCUGCAGCAGGGAGCCAACCCAAACCUACAGACGGAGGAGGCCCUGCCUUCACCAAAGCAGCCUGCAUCCUUGCCCAGCUCAGCGGACAGCAGCGUCUACCUGCAGACACCACUGCACAUGGCGAUUGCCUAUAAUCAUCCAGAUGUGGUGUCUGUCAUCCUGGAGCAAAAAGCUAAUGCUCUUCAUGCCACCAACAACCUGCAAAUUAUUCCAGACUUCAGCCUCAAGGAUUCCCGAGACCAAACUGUGCUGGGCCUGGCAUUAUGGACUGGCAUGCACACGAUCGCAGCCCAGCUGCUGGGCUCCGGGGCUUGCAUCAACGACACUAUGUCCGACGGGCAGACCUUGCUGCACAUGGCCAUGCAGCGGCAGGACAGCAAGAGCGCGCUCUUUCUCCUGGAGCACCAGGCGGACAUAAACAUCAGGACUCAGGAUGGGGAGACAGCUCUUCAGCUGGCCAUCAGAAAUCAGCUUCCCCUUGUCGUGGAUGCCAUAUGCACCCGAGGAGCUGACAUGUCUGUGCCAGAUGAGAAGGGGAACCCCCCACUGUGGCUUGCGCUGGCAAAUAGUCUGGAGGACAUCGCAUCCACUCUGGUCAGACAUGGCUGUGACGCCACGUGCUGGGGCCCAGGACCUAGUGGGUGCCUUCAGACCCUGCUGCACAGAGCCAUUGAUGGAAACGACGAGUCUACUGCCUGCUUUCUUAUUCGCAGUGGCUGCGAUGUGAAUAGUCCCAGACAACCUGGUGCUAAUGGAGAAGGAGAGGAAGAGGCCAGAGAUGGGCAGACCCCCUUGCAUCUGGCAGCCUCCUGGGGGCUGGAAGAGACGAUACAGUGUCUUCUGGAGUUCGGUGCCAAUGUAAAUGCACAGGAUGCAGAAGGAAGAACGCCUGUCCAUGUGGCCAUCAGCAACCAACACGGCGUCAUCAUUCAGCUGCUGAUUUCCCACCCUGACAUCCACCUGAAUGUCCGAGACAGGCAGGGCCUGACCCCCUUUGCCUGUGCCAUGACCUACAAGAACAACAAGGCAGCCGAGGCCAUCCUGAAACGAGAGUCCGGGGCUGCUGAGCAGGUGGAUAACAAGGGCCGGAAUUUUCUUCACGUGGCAGUUCAGAACUCUGAUAUCGAAAGUGUGCUCUUCCUGAUCAGCGUCCAGGCUAACGUGAAUUCCAGAGUCCAGGAUGCUUCCAAGUUGACCCCUUUGCACCUUGCUGUCCAAGCAGGCUCAGAGAUUAUUGUCCGCAAUUUGCUUCUUGCAGGAGCCAAAGUGAAUGAAUUAACCAAGCACCGCCAGACCGCCCUCCAUCUUGCUGCCCAGCAGGACCUGCCCACCAUUUGCUCAGUCCUCUUGGAGAAUGGAGUGGACUUUGCUGCUGUGGAUGAGAAUGGAAAUAAUGCUCUUCAUCUCGCUGUCAUGCAUGGCCGGCUCAACAACAUCCGGGUCCUCCUGACAGAGUGCACUGUGGAUGCUGAAGCCUUUAAUCUACGAGGCCAGUCGCCACUGCACAUUUUGGGACAAUAUGGCAAGGAGAACGCAGCAGCCAUCUUUGAUCUCUUCUUAGAGUGCAUGCCUGAGUAUCCUCUGGAUAAACCAGAUGCAGAAGGAAACACAGUGCUGCUCUUGGCAUACAUGAAAGGGAACGCCAACUUGUGCCGUGCCGUCGUCCGCUCGGGUGCUCGCCUGGGGGUGAACAACAACCAAGGGGUCAACAUCUUCAACUACCAGGUUGCCACCAAGCAGCUGCUGUUUAGACUCUUAGUCUUGUGCUGUGUUGCAGAUAUGCUGUCCAAGGAGCCUCCGUGGUGUGACGGCUCCAAUUGCUAUGAGUGUACUGCCAAGUUUGGAGUCACAACUCGCAAACAUCACUGUCGUCACUGCGGACGUCUUCUUUGCCAUAAAUGCUCGACCAAGGAGAUUCCUAUUAUAAAGUUUGAUCUGAACAAGCCUGUGCGAGUUUGCAACAUUUGCUUUGAUGUACUGACUUUGGGUGGGGUCUCUUAGUGAGCCCCCGGGAAGGUCCAGGCCACAUCCUCGGUUGCAUCCCCAGCAGCUGCUCUGCUCACCAGCCUGACCCCCCCACCCCCCACCCCCCAGAGCAGGAGCUGGCAGUUGUGUUCUUGCGGCAAUAGACUGGAGCAAUUAAGGACCGUGGUGUGACAGAUCCCAUCUCAAAUAAUUCUGUGUGAUUGUCAGUUUAUCAGACUAUGAUCAAGGUCACUAGACGUCUCACUAAUUGGACCAGGUCUUUUAGCCUAAGUGGUAAAUGUGAUAGGAAUUAGACCCCAUUCUGCUAGCAGUGUACAAGGAUGCUUCGAAAACCAUUUUCCCUUCCAGUAGCUUAGUGUCCAUCUCAGAGCAUUCAUGAAGUCUUCCUGACUGGGUGGACUUCCUAGGCAGAGCCUAACCGUAGGAAGCUGGCAUCUGGCUGCACGACAAGAGCUGGCUUUACUCUAGGGUAAGUGGCUGUGGACUUUUCUGCACAGUGUUUUCAUAAAGGUAAUAGGAUCCUCUUGCCCUGAAAUCUCGCUCUCUUUUUUUUUUUUUUUUUGGGAAAAGCUAAGCUGUAUUUUUAGUGAACUACCCCUUUAAAAAAGGUGAAAUAGUUCUAAGCAGGGUUCAAAGAUGAGAGCUGAAAAAUUGUGGCCUUAACAACUGAAAGCUUUACCAGUAUUCAUGCUACUCGGGUGUCAGGAUUGCGGUGUGGCAGCUUGACACCUCCUAGCAGCCGUCUUGUUCUCUCAUCUUACUGUGUCCUGUCUAUGGAGUCCUCAGUCACCUGCCACUAGGCAGUGGUGGAGAAAAUGCACUUUUAUUGUGCUGCACUUUUAUAUAGCUGCAUUAUUGGUGAUUCCAAUUUAAAAAUCCAUAUUCAAAAAUACCCUCACGCAUCCAUGCAUCAGUGAUUCUAAUGAUCGGCUUUGACUGGACCUCAGCUCACACUAAGUCUUAAAGGGAAAACUCCUGCGGAGUGUCAUGUGGAGCAGGAGAGUGACACGGGCCAAGUGAGGGGAAGGGGACUCUCCAGCCUCAGGCUGGCAGGUCCCAUCUCCUUGACACGAGUGCUUCUUGCUGAAACCUUUGCAGUUAUGUUGUGAGUGCUGUCCGUCCCAGGUCCCAGGUCCUUGCCCCAUAAGAGCCAACAGCCAAAGGCCCUGGCCAAGUGUGUGUGACCCCAUCGUGGAAGGCUCGCUCGUGUGCUGAAUGAGGCCCCCAGAGCCUACCAGGCCUUAGUCGCUGCUAGUACUGCAUUAAUCCUGAAGUGUUAAACUUCUUUUCUUUUGAAGGUUUGGCCAGUUUUUUUAAAAAAUGCACAUUUAAAGAGAAACUUCUACCACUGCUUUAAAAACAAAACAAAACAAAACUCUGAGAUGAACAAUAUGUGUUGUACAGCUAUACUCAGAGAUUAACAAUCUCAAUCAUACAUACUGUUUUUUUCAGACAUUUAACCACUACAUUUUUUUGUAUUAAUGAAGUAUGAAUAUAUGUGUAAAAGGGACUAAAUAUUUUUUUUUGCAGCAGCAGCCUGUUGUUUUGUUUGGAUAAUGGUAUGUCCUCCAUGUUGCUGUAGAUUUAUACAUUCUACUGCCUAAAUAUGUGUGUAAAAUGAGCUGAUAAACCAGAGUGCUACGUUUUUUUUUUUAACAUUUCUGUGGAUUUAUAAGAUAUAUAUGCUUUCUAUGUUAAUAUGAGCUUGUGCACAAUGUUUCAAAGAAAAAAUUAAUUAGAAGAGUUCUCCUGUCCCCAAAAGUCUGUGACAUAUUUCAUAUAGAAUUUUUAUAGGAAAACAGCUAGUCUUGGCAAACACCUGACCACGUGAAGCAUGUGGUCAGUUUCCAUUUUCUGUUGCCUGAACAGGGCCUGAGGAAGUAGGCCUUAGUUAGGUGGCUUGAUUCUUUAAUUGGAAAGUAAGAUAAUUAUGCUUCAGAUAUGAAUUGAGGUAGUCGGUACUUUUAUACCUGUUCUUUUAACGUUCAUGGUAGAGAGAGCAGGACGGAAAUUCAAUCAGGGAUGAGAUUGAUUGUCCUGCCCCUGCCCUACUAUACCAAUUUCAAUAACACUCUAAUUUCACUUAAGAAUCUUGAAAUCAUGUUUGAAAUUGUUGAGUCAAGCUUCUUUUUCUUCACAGAGUCCAGGGAUAGCAAUGGUACUUAGCUGCCACAAGUUGGGGGAACAUUUUGUGAGUUCUGCAUUGGCUUCAGGUAGAUCUUGUAGAUCUAGAAAAAGCACCUUUCCACAGUCUUAGGUUCUCCCUGCCGUGCCGAUGCUUGCAGGGCUGUGUCUCAGGAUCCUUGAGUGGUGGCUGACCUGGGGGGACUUGACGUGCUCUCAGUCCCCUUUGUGCUCUCCAGGCCGUCAGACUUGACUCUAGAACUGCCUGGCUGUUCUUGUUACAUUUUAAUCCAUAGCUUACAUACUAAUAGAAAAAACUCAAUUUUAUUCAUUCAGAAAGUUGCCAACUGUGACUGAGUAGAGCAGGAAGAAUAAACUUUAUUGAAAUAUAAUUUGCUGAAUCAGUCAACAUUUUACGCUGAAUUAGCUUUUUAACUGCCUCAUGCUCAUCACCAGAUUUAUGAUACAGUGUGUUCUUUACAGUCCUUUCUUUUUUUUUUUAAAGAUGAAGGUACAAACCAUGUGCUAUAUAUAUAAAUGGAAUGGCUAAAACUAACUUGCUAUGAUCCUCGAACACAGGAAUUUCCCACAAACUUAAGUGCCUACACUUAGGACUUAUUAACUUUCAGUUAUCUUUUAGUGGUGUCUCACUGAAUGAUGUAUUAGAAUAUGUGUUCUGUUUGGAGUUUGUUGCCUGUGCAUUGUCAACCCUAGUUACCAACUUAGUCGAGGCUGGAUUAGAUUGUUCAGUUCACCUGCCAUAUUCUCUCCAGGAGUGGGGUCCACGUGACCACUAGUCCUCUACCUCAGAGCCCUGAGUUAUUUGUGACCGCCCUGUUCAGCUUUCCUCUCUCCUCUCCCUGAAUGGGGUCCCUGCAUGGAACUCAGCGUGCUUGUGGGUUCACCACCACUCCCGGUUCAUGUCUCCCACUUGUUGUAUUGAACGGUAUUGUGCUAAUCUUAUCUGUAGGCAUGAAGUGGAGGAAAAGCCUUGGGACAGGGGAAAACCUUGAUCUCCAUCUAGGUUUCUUUUUAAUCUGGAGAAAAACCCCUAUUGAACUAUGUAAUGCUUAGAUCUGAAAGGCAAACUAACUCCCCAGGUGACAGUAGCAUGAGCAAGUAAAUGUAACGCUUCCAUGACAGCCCCGCGUGGAGCUUGCAGGUUGAGACUGAGAGAGAGCUCCUGAAACAAGCUUUCUUCCAGGACCUGGGACUGCUUCCCUCGGGCCCAGGCCCAGGAGAACUGGGCAUGGGGCUGGCAAGACCAGCCCCUCCUAAUCUGAAGCACCAAAGCUCCCCAGCCCCUCUGGGGAGAGGAGGAAGCUGAGGACAAAUAACUUUCUAAAGCGUUUGGAAGCCACAUUCUCAUUUUGCGGAAGUAAUUUAGUGAAGAGCUGAUUAUUUGACUAAACACUUAUUAAAUUUCCAGAAGUCAUCAUAGAUGCCUUAAAGAUUUUCUUUGGAAGAUCAUUGCCUGUACUGUUACUUUUUUGUGUGGCAUAAGUAAUAUAUUAACCUGUUACAACCGACAACAUUGGUUUUCUGUAGCUAGGGAGUCUUGAGUUGGCAGCCUGUUCAGCUUAAUGACUUAAUGUCCUUUUUUGGCACAUGUGUGGAGUUGGCUGUUACCAUGACAUACCUGUGUGCUAUACCAAGGGGGAGGGCUGGGCCAAAACUGCAGGCACACAUUUGGGUUGAUCACCUUGGCUUCCAAGCCAUUCCGGGUGGUGCUCAGUGUGGGGCGAGAGCAUCAUAUAGGACCAUGGCGCUUAGCAGCAUUGUUUCUUUGGAGUCCGUGUAAUGGAAUGUAUUUUUCAAAUAUUGAUAUUUGCAUUUUCUGUAAUAUUUCCAUAUAAAUAAAAUGAGGUAAAAUUGUA